AUGUCGAUACCGAUAUCUCACAGUAACUCGUCCGAGUCAUCCUCCACGGCGAACGCGAACACUUUGACAGACUCACACAAUGACCUCAUUAAUGUUCUCGGAAAGCGUGGUCCUGGAGAAGACUGGCGACAGAGCUUCCACGCGCUGAAAUCGAGGAAACAUCAAGAAGAUUCGUUGCUACAAGAGGAACCACCCUCUCCGCCGCCAGAACCAUCCAGAAGGCCGCGUAUCCUUCGACUUUUUGCAGAACGAGCUAUGGAACGUCAAUCGAAAAAUAGACAAAGGGAUGUUGAAGCUUCGGAUCAGACGCCCAUCGCCAAAGAUGUUGAUAUGGUGGAGGCUCCCAAGAAUCCCUCAUCCAUCGUAGAUAAUGUUCGCACAGUCUGGAAGCAAAUCACUGGCAUGGGACAAUCUUCCACUAACAAUGCACCCAAUGCACCACCGCAAACUAUCAAAGAUGCCACCCAGAUUCCCGCUAUGUCAGGAGGAGAAACAAGGUCGACUCCUUCGACCCUGCAGGAAUUGCUUCAAAUGUAUCCUGUCCCUUCUCAGCCAUCAGCUCAACAAACCGCAAGUACCGCCGACAAUGCAGUCAUUGCGAUGACUAGUGAAAUACAAUCUUCAACUCAUCGGGAUAUACUGAUGCCGGACUUUCACAUUACUACGUCAACAUCCACCGGUCGUCCUGCAGAAGCCAACUCAACAACAUCUGCAUGGAAUCAUCAAGGGCAUGGGGCGCAAGAAAAUAGUUACGUCUCGGUUGACGUUAACAUGGAACGAACCUCCCUGCUCAGUCAGACACCUCAGGAUAACCACCAGCGACAAGCCAUUGGUCAAAGAGACAAUCGCUCUCGACCUAGCCUUCCUCAUACACCGUCUCAUAUCCAAAUGCAGGAUAUCUUGUAUGGUGCCCCACCCGCUGUCAGCGUCAACAAUACGGGAAAGUUGAAAGAACCAGCGGCAUCCUCAUUAUCAGAUCCAUCAUCACAAGUAAGACAGGUAGGGGUCCGUUUCGCAUCUCAUGCUUCGGUGGUGAAUGGGGCUUUCACAAGUCUUCAACCAGUUCAGCAGCAACAAACAGAACGAGCCGGCAGGAUAGCUCAGCCUAGCGCCUUGUAUGGUAAUAGCCUGGAAGCAGCCGAUACUAACAUGUGGGUUAUACAACCAGAAGCCAAAAGGCAGUUUAUAGGUUACUUCGAGAAAUUAGGGGCAAAAAAUGGUACCAUCAAUAUGGGACAGGCAUGGAAAUAUUUGUCAGAGUCGAGAUUAUCUUCAGAACUACUCCUACAAAUUUGUGGGCUUGCGGACACUCAGAAUUGUAACACUUUGGAUAGCGACGACUUCUGCAUUGCCGUCCAUUUGGCAAAUUUAUUAUCGAGUGGUCGCUUGAAAACGGUUCCGACAACUUUACCGCCCGUAAUAGUGAGAGCCGAAAACUGGUUCAAGAGCCUCGAUUUCGAGAAAACUGGACUUGUACGAAAGGACACUCUCAUCUCGAACCUACUCAGUAGUAAUGUGCCGUUAUCUGUUGUGACUCGGGUCGCAAAUUUAGUCAACCUCAAAAAGCAAGAGACACUCGACUGCGAAUCUAUUAUACUCACAUUGCACCUGAUUGAGGAGGCAUCAACUGGGAAACCCCUUCCGGAGACACUGCCUACCAGCCUAAUUCCCCCAUCACAUCGGCCUACUCAGAAUCCAGCCAACACGAGAUUCGCCACCUCAAGUAAUACCUUAACUCAAAGAAACAGCUUCUCAGGUACUGUCGUAGAGCCGUCGUCUUUCACUUUUCAGCCGAGUACAAGUACAAUCCCAAAUCCGCUGAGCUAUCAACAGGGUCACCCAGUGCAAGCUGAUGCUCAUGUUCCUUCAGCAAACCAAGGAUGGGAUACUCUUUUAGCAGAAAUAGGACAAGAGCGUGCUCGACGCGAUAAGGAGAAAGUAUUAGUAGACAAUCUACCAGUAGGAGGAUCUCUUAUUGCUUGUGAAUCACUGGCUGAUUCGUCGGUGUAUAUUCAUUUACAGCCACUUAGUAGCUCAUGGCCACAUCAAGGCAACAUACCGCACAAUACUGACACCCACGAUGAGGCCAGUGGCGCCCUUGGCGCUAUGUUUGGUUCGCUAUCCCGGAACUUUGCAGUCGUAACACACACGUUGAAGUCGGGGAUUGAACAGAAUGCCGAAGAAAUGAAACAAUUACGCUUAGAAAUACGGGCGCAGCGACAGGCAGCAAGUCAGGGACAGUCGGCAUCAUUUCCUGCUACAUCCCAGUCAGGAGCUCAUAUUUCAGGUUCACGUCGGAAUACACCAAAAAAGCCUAUUCCUAUCGAUCCCUACUCCAAAGAGCCGGAACACGUUAACUUUCGACAAAAAAUCAAAAGACAUCUCUUACAUCUUCUGAAGAUAGAAGGGUAUCCGCAUCUAAGGCGCAUUCACCCCCCCCCAACCGACCAAGAAAAUGAAUUGUCUCGGAAUUCACCAUUCAACCGUCACUGUAUCAACGUGUUUGCGAAACAUUUCCGGCACUCUGUUGUGACGGAUCGUUGGUAUUCUUAUCCUCAGAUCCCCGAAAAGUAUCUUCCAAUUGAGUACAUCGAGCUCUCCCUCUACCUUCACCUCAAGCACGUCAAAGGGGAAUACCGAGCUUUUGUAACACAUCCGUCAAUUUCAAAGCGACUUCAGCAGCUACAGAACUCUUCGAGGAGUACUAGGAAAACACGGCUAUUCAAUGCCCGGCUCAAAGUGGUCUUGCAAGAGAGCUAUAUGGCACAUCAUAUCGACCUUAUGAAAAAUAUGGGAUCACAGGCCGUGAGCUCAGAUGAAUCCGAACCAGAAGGUCCCGACGACCAAGACGACCCCCAUGCCGAAGAAGCUAGCGUUCACUCGCACAAAUCCUUUGUCCGGAUUACUCCAGCGUGGCGCAGCGACGACUUGUCUAGAUUCAUGCACAAUCUCGAUACUGUCAUACAACGUCGACGCGAGCCGAGGAUUGGACACCGUGCGAUUCGAGGGCAGCAACCUAGGCACAGGAAACACUCUGAUAUGGUUAAUUUAAAAUCUGUGGCCCCGCCCGGCCUUCCGUGCAAUUGCUAUAAGCCAGAAUGGCUGGCUUCCUUGGACAACGAAGAGAUAAAGAAAUUGGAGAUGAAGGAACAACAUUAUGUUUUCAGAGUGGGGACCGAUCAGCCCGUAGCAACAUCAAACUUUACCACGCAGCAUACUGGCAUGCCGCCGCCGGUACAAAGUGUUGCUGCUGGUUCCACACACGCAGACUGUGCACAAUUCUCGUUUGGUGUACUGCCAAGUGAUCUCGCGGCUCCAGCCUCGGUCUCCAGCUCGAGACCUAUACAUAAACUCACAUCGCGAAGGCAGCUUAGCAAAACACCUUUCUUAUUUUCCUUUCCAGAAACAGACCCUGUUCAAUCUCAUGUCGAGUAUCCAACAUCCUUUCCAUUCUCAGACUCCAAUCUGGGCCACGAAUCAAUGCAAGAAACUGUGCCACCACUGUCAGAUCAAGGUGUCGAUGGUUCCUUGCUGAUGGAAUCGGCAGCCCACCUCACGCCAACACCCCAAUCUAUACCUCCUAGUCCUAAAAAACUAUCACCACUGUCAAGCCAGCAUACUCCCUGUGAUUCAUCAAACCUAGCCGGUGCCACCCAAGAAACACUUGAAACUAAUUCUCCAACGCCCACCCUUGCAAAUUUUACAGUCAGCACAGAGGUCACUGAGCAACCGGUUCAGUUUUUCAGAAGUCCUAUACUACUUGCGUCUCAAGAACCUGGAGGCAUGAGUGAGUCGGUGCUUUGGAGAGAAGAUAGUGAGACGCGGCAGCAAUCCGUCGAUACCACUGAUGAUGACACUGAAGAUUUCACAGAAGCCCUAUAUGAUGUAGUCGACAAUUCAGAUGAUGAAGGAGAUUUAUAG